GAUUCAGAGGGACUUGAUUCCCUUGGGCUCUGCAUACAUCUCUUCUUCUUUGCAUUGCAGCUGCUAGGCUUGAUCAUUUUCUCUGCUACUUGUUUGGUUUUGAUACAGCCAUGUCUCUAGUCCAGACCGUCUUCCAAAGCUCCAAAGGGAGCAGAAGGGGCUACAGCUCGUGUUCUGCUUAUGGUGGUGGUGGUGGAGGAGGAAGCAGACGUACCUACUCUUCAUGCAGGGGAUUUGGUGGUGGUGGUGGUAUGAGAGGCCAGUACGGCAGCAGGAGCCUCCAUAACUAUGGUGGAGGUACAAGGAUUUCCUAUGGACGCUAUGGAGGUGGUGGCUACUGCGGUGGAUACGGUGGUGGCUAUGGCGGUGGUGGCUAUGGCGGAGGACUCGGAGGUCGCUAUGGCGGAGGAAUCUCUGGUGGUUAUGGUGGUGGAGGACUGGGUGGUGGCUAUGGUGGUGGAGGAAUGGGUGGUGGCUAUGGUGGUGGAGGAAUGGGUGGUGGCUAUGGUGGUGGAGGAAUGGGUGGUGGUUUUGGUGGCGGAGGAAUGGGUGGUGGGCUUGGUGGUGUUCCUUUUGGUAUUGGCGGUGGUUCUGGAGGCAUUGGCAGUGUCCAAAUAGAUCCGAGUCUUCUGCAGCCAGUGCGUAUAGAGAUUGACCCCCAUAUCCAGCAAGUGAAAAAUCAGGAGAAAGAGCAGAUUAAGACACUCAACAACCAAUUUGCCUCCUUCAUUGACAAGGUCCGGUUUCUGGAGCAACAAAACAAGGUUCUGAAAACCAAAUGGCAGAUCUUACAACAACAGACUCAAGGUCAAGGCCCACGGCAGAACCUGGAGCCUGAGUUUCAGCGUUUCAUGAAUAACCUGAGAAACCAAAUCGAGCAAAUCCGUAGCCAGAAGGGUCAGCUGACAUCAGAACUUCAGAAUAUGCAGCACUAUGUAGAAGACUUCAAGAACAAGUACGAAGAGGAGAUCAACAGGCGCACAACUGCUGAGAAUGAGUUUGUGGUGCUGAAAAAGGAUGUGGACUGUGCCUACAUGGGCAAGACUGACUUGGAGGCGAAAGUUAAUGCUUUAAUUGAACAGAUUCACUUCCUGAGAGGAAUAUUUGAAAUGGAAAUAGCUUCACUUCAAAGAGUCAGUCAUGACACCUCAGUGGUAGUGAGCAUGGAUAACAAUACCCACUUGGACCUGGAAAGUAUCAUUGAUGAAGUAAGACAGCAAUAUGAGGAGAUUGCCCGUAGCAGCCGAGCGGAGGCUGAAGCUUGGUAUCAUACCCAAUAUGAAGCUCUGCAGAAUACAGCAGGCAGACAUGGGGACAAUCUGCAGAUCACCAGGCAAGAGAUUCAGGAGCUGACCAGGAACAUCCAGAGACUGCGUGGUGAAAUUGAGAAUGUCAAGAAACAGGCUGCUCAGCUGCAGUCAUCCAUUGCUGAAGCUGAGGAACGUGGCGAGUUGGCCCUCCGAGAUGCCAGGCAGAAACUGGAAGAAUUGGAGAAUGCCCUGUCAAAGGACAAGGGAGAGUUGGCUGGCCUGUUGAGAGAGUACCAAGAGCUGCUGAACGUCAAGCUCGCUCUGGACAUUGAGAUCGCCAUGUACAGGAAACUGCUGGAAGGAGAAGAGAGCAGGAUAAGUGGCCAAGGAUCCCAAGUCCAUGUCUCUGUGAGGGGCGGCAGUUAUGGCGGCGGCCUUGGCGGCGGAAUAGGCGGCCUUGGCGGCGGCGGCUUUGGCGGUGGUGGCCUUGGAGGCGGUGGCAUUGGCAUUGGAGGCGGCAGCAUGGGAGGAGGCGGCAUUGGCAUUGGCGGCGGCAGCAUGGGAGGAGGCGGCGGCAUUGGCAUUGGAGGCGGAAGUUGUGGCUAUGGAGGCGGAAGUGGUGGCUAUGGAGGCGGAAGCUCUUCCUGUGUAGGAGGUGGAGGAUACUCACGUGGAUCAGGAAGCGGUUCCAGCACAAUCAUAAGGAGAACCACCACAUCCUCCUCAUCUACCAAAUCAGGCGGAAGAUAUUAAGUGUCCCUGCAGGUCCUCAAAAUGAAAGAAACAUCUUAGCUUCUACUGGCAACAGCACAACACCUUCAGCCCCAUCCUGGUAUUCAGAAAAGAACGAACUGUGUCCUUUAAAGCACGAGAUCAUAUCUAUUUUCUCUCCAAAAUAAAGCUGCAACAAGGCACCAUUAAGGUGGUCAUCUUCCCAUCUUGCUUCGGUUGCCUGUGGCUUAGAUGAGCAAUGGUGGGAGAUACCGGUAAAAAUAGCAAUGAAAUGUGCUGAUGGUAUUGCAUUUUAGGAUAUCAGCAGAGAGUUGCUUGGAAGGGGAAGGGGAGAUCUUAGAUCAUGAAUCUGGGCUGGUCUUCUUGCAGUAUGCUGUAUAUUUUUGGCUUUUAUGGUGGCUGCCAAAUGGCAAUGUGUCUGAAAGUGGACUUUCCUUCUCUAUCUUGAGUCUUCUUUCUCCAAAUCGAUCAUUCUCUUUAGGUGUUGUUGUAGUUCCCUGCAUCACAGAAGACAUCAUUGGUUUUCAUUGUAUUUGACUAUGUCUAUGUUUGUGUUGGACAAGUAAAAAAAAUAUAGGACUGAGAUGCAAUUGUUCUUAUCGGCCUAGAAUUAUGCAGUAAGGUAGAGCAUUUUUUUUGUAAUGAAAGCAAUGUUUUAUUCAGUGUUCAGGCUAAGGGAGCAAUAUGGUCCUAUAGAACCCUGAGUAAGCAACUGUUAGUUACAUUUGUGAAUCUGGAAAAUAAUCUCAUCAUAUAAACAGUAGCAUGAAAAUGUUCAUCCUUGUACCAAUCUUGUGGAUUACAUUGCACCUAUCUUUCUUUCUCAUGGCUUGUUUCCCAUUCCCUUGGGAGGCAACCAUUUUCAAUAAACUGCAGUCAAGUCA